AUGGUGGCAGCACCCGUACAGCACCCGUCGAGGUCGCCUCAGCAGAUGGUGGGCAGCUCGAGAGGGCCGGGCGACGAGCUCGAGGUGGGGACGAGUCGGCGCAACGGGCAGGACCAAGGGCCAGGACGCAAGCGCACCGUCGUCGACCUCACCCUCACCGACUCGGACGACGAUGACCACCGCCGCGACCACGACGAGGGCUCCGACUUCGAGACGCUCGUCAAGGCGUCGCCUGUGUUGGCGCGCAAGCCCCCGCUCAAGGCCGUCCUCGUCCGCCGCUCGCCCGCUCAAGUUCCUCGGACCGGCCCCGCCUCGCUCUCGCCAUACCCGAACCCUCUACCGCUCCUGCGCCCCGCCAUCGAGGAGUUCGACACGCCCAUCCGCAAGCGCGCCCACUCGACCGAAACGCCCGCCGCUCAGAAGCGAGUGCGCGGGCCCGACUCGAGCGUCGACGAGCAGCCCCGAGGUCACGACUCGCCUGCGCACCCGCCGUCGCCGCCGCUCAUGCCGACCGUCACUCGAUCUGUCGACACGUCGUCCGAGCCCACCGUCAAGAUCCACGCCGAGGUGUCUACGUCUGCUCCUCAAGAAGCACGAGUCGAUCAAGAUGGCAAAGCUGUCGUGACGAGCGGCGAGUCGGCUGCGCAGCAGAGCGCGGCUGGCGCGCUCUCGGGCGCCGUCAUUGGACCAGUACUCGCGGCCGCCCCAGGCGCGUCCAAACCUGCGCCCAACGGUGUCUCGCACCUUGCCGAGGUUGACAACCCCAUGGCGCCGCCGCCCGUCCCGAACCCUGCGCCCUCGCCUACCCGCUCCCGCAACACCCACACCUCCUCGUCUCACCGCCGGCGAGUAGAGCAACAGCUCCUUGCCGACCGGCAUACCUGUCGACGCCCGCCGACCCCUCCCUCCCUGCCCAAGUUCGUCAACCCGACUUGCCUCGCCGACAUUGUCUCGUACACGCCCUCUCUCCCCGUCAUCCUCCCGCACGUUCGCUUCGACCCUUCGAGCAGGGCGCGCUCGUCGGAGCCCGCAGGCAGCCCCGAGCUGGGCAUCGCGCGCGCGUCCUCGACGACCUCGAGCGCGAGCAUCAUCCUCGCCGCCAACGUCUCGCCUCGUCGUCGAGAGCGUACGACCGGGUUCGUCGAGUCGUCGGAGGACUACUGGGCGCACGUCAUCCCCGACCUGCCCGACUGCCCGCACGUCGGCGACGACAUCGCCUUCCUCGACCCGGUGCGGGACGAGCGGCGGUACCGCCCCGGCCUCGAGCCGAGCGCGCUCCCGUUGCGCGACGUCCCCGUCGAGCUCUGGGCUCGCGAGCUCGCGAGCCCGGUCGUGGUCGGCGUCGAGGCGAGUGCGGCGCUCAUGCGCGCGGCCAAGGUGCCCGACGCGUGGGGGAGCGAGGCGGCGAGCGAGCUGGCGCAGAGGGAGCACGACGCGAGGCGGGCCGCACGACGAGCGAGACGAGAGAGACGGGCGGCACGACGGGCGGCGACGAGUGACGCGAGCGGCAGCGACGCCGAGGGCCGGGACGGGAACGAGCGGCGGCGAGGCGUCGACCGCGCGAGCCUGCACCGCGAGACCGAGACCGGGCUCCAGGAGCGCCUGCGACGGCUCGACCUCGUCCUGCAGCUCGACGAACCGGGCUCGGCGACCGACUCGGGCGCCUCGUCGUCGACGGGCUCGAGCGGCGACGGCGACGACGACGACGACGACGACGACGACGCGCCCGGCCUUACGGGCGGGAGAGGCGCUCGAACUCGAGCUACGGCAUCUAACGUACUAAGCUCUCAUGGCUAA